CAAGUCUGCGAUAUGGGCUUCCUACCCAGUAGUAUCCAGGUUAUGAUUGCCGUUAAGCUCUGAACUCUUAAAAUCGUUGGGUUUCAAAGCUCAAAACUUCUUUUGAUAUUCGAUUCUUCGAAAGAAAGAAAGUGAGGGCAGGCCUCCGAUUUCUACUCCAGAACAACAUUGGAUUCAAUGAAGAAGUCGCCGUUGCCAGUGCAAAACCUUGGCGCCAAAGGCAAGCAACGCAAAUGUGGAAGAGAAGCUUUAGUUAAGCUCCUGAGAUGGAAUUUCGGUCAUCCUGAUUUCAGAGGGAAUCAGUUGGAAGCCAUUGAGGCCAUUUUAUCAGGGAGAGAUUGUUUUUGUCUAAUGCCGACUGGGGGAGGAAAAUCAAUGUGUUAUCAAAUCCCUGCUUUGGCUAAAACGGGAAUUGUGCUCGUCAUUUCUCCGUUAAUAGCCUUGAUGGAAAACCAAGUAAUGGCAUUGAAGGAGAAAGGAAUUGCAGCUGAGUUUCUCUCUUCAACUCAAACGUCGCAGCUGAGGAAUAAGAUUCAUGAAGAUCUUGAUCGUGGACAACCAUCUAUUCGCUUGCUUUAUGUGACACCGGAGCUGAUUGCCACUUCAGGGUUUAUGUCAAAGCUUAAAAAGAUUCAUGGUAGAGGAUUGUUAAAUCUCAUUGCUGUAGAUGAGGCACAUUGCAUCUCAUCAUGGGGUCAUGAUUUCAGGCCUAGCUAUCGCAAGCUUUCAUCUUUGAGGAACCAACUACAAGAUGUACCAAUAUUGGCUUUGACUGCCACUGCUAUUCCUAAGGUACAGAAGGAUGUCAUAGAUUCCUUAAAUUUGCAAAAUCCUUUAGUCCUUAAAUCAUCUUUCAACCGUCCAAAUAUAUAUUAUGAAGUUCGAUAUAAAGAUCUUAUGGAUGAUGCUUAUGCUGACUUGUGUGAUGUGCUCAAAUCUGCUGGAGAUGUCUGUGCAAUUGUUUACUGCCUUGAACGGACAACUUGUGAUGACUUGUCCACUCAUCUUUCCAAAAAUGGGAUUUCCUGUGCUGCCUAUCAUGCAGGGUUAAAUAAUAAACUGCGGAGCUCUGUCUUAGAUGAUUGGAUUUGUUCCAAGAUACAGGUUGUUGUGGCCACAGUAGCUUUUGGAAUGGGUAUAGACAGAAAGGAUGUUAGAAUAGUUUGCCAUUUUAAUAUCCCGAAGUCAAUGGAAGCCUUCUAUCAAGAGUCGGGUAGAGCUGGUCGUGACCAGUUGCCUUCUAGAAGCUUGUUGUACUAUGGAGUGGAUGAUCGAAAAAGGAUGGAAUUUAUUCUUAGCAUUGCUGAGAGCAAGAAAUUGCAAUCAUCAGAUUCACAACAUGGAUUGUCAAAGAAGUCCACGUCUGAUUUUAAUCUGAUGGUUGAAUAUUGCGAGGGUUCUGGAUGCCGUAGGAAAAAGAUUCUUGAGAGCUUUGGAGAAGAGGUUUCUGCAUCACUGUGUAAAAAAUCAUGCGAUGCCUGCAAACAUCCAAACCUUGUGGCCAAGUAUCUGGUAGAGCUAACAACUGCUAUUGCUGUCCGCCAAAGAAAUGGUUUCUCAAAAAUCUUGAGCAGCUCCACGGAUGCCUUUGAAAAUGAAAAUUUCUCAGAAUUCUGGAACCGUAAUGAUGAGGCAAGUGGCUCUGAGGAAGAUAUAUCUGAUUCGGAGGAUGGGUUUGAGGUUGCAAAGGGCAUAUCCAGAUCCAAAUUUUCAAAAAAAACAGGGAUAAAUGAGAAGAUCGAGCUCUUGCAGCGUGCAGAAGAAAACUACUAUCGGAACAAAGCUCAUGAUAAACAAGCCAAUAAACCUGACAAAAAUGCCAUAUCUGGAGCGCUGAGAGAAUCAAGCAAGCAAAGAUUGUUAGAUGCCCUGAAGCAGGCUCAUCAGCGACUUGGUGACUUGAAGGUUGAUUUUGAAGCAUCAUCUACCAUCCUUGAAAAUGAGUGCUUUAAGAAAUAUGGGAAGAGUGGGAAAUCUUUUUAUUACUCGCAAGUGGCGAGUAAGGUGAGGUGGCUAUCUACAACAAGCUCUGCAGCUGAGAUAACAAAUCAAAUCGGUACUGGUAUCACGUCUCCUUUGGAGAAUAUCACAAGGAAGGAAGAACCCUCUCGAACAGUGUCAGCUAUGUUACAUGAUGAGAGAAAAAAAGAAGUAAAUAAAGUUAUUGGUGAACAACGUUGUGGCGACAUUGAAUCGAAGACUUCAGUAAAGGCUUCAACCCCGCAGAUGCAAACUAAGCUGCCUGCAAUUCCAUCUUUCUCUCAGUUUGUAAACAGCAGAAAGUCGAAAGAGAUGCAACAACCAAAGGCAUCAGAGGAAAAGGAGCAUCACCAUUCACCCAAUAAACAUACGAAGAAGAGAAUGAGGUUGAAGUAGGGUGAGUGUCCCAAGCCUUGUGUGUUAUUUUCAUUUCAUUUGGUUCAGUGUAUAUAGGACUGCAAAAUCCCAAUAGUUCCAGUUUGCUUCUAAUAUGUGCUUUUGACAACUUUUCCCUGUCCCAGAAUGUAUCUCUUUUUUUUUUGUUGUUUUCUUAGGGUUUAGGGCAAUUGAAACUUUCAUUAUAGAAAAAUUAAUCGAGGUUUUGGUAUCGUAUGGCCUGGUAUAUAA